AUAUCAUAACACAUAGGAGAGUACCGUGAACCGAUAAUAGCUUAUGUUGUGAGGUAGCAGAAUUGGUAAAUUUAUGACUGGAAGAUAAAAAGUUUUAAGAAGCUGGAUUUGAGAACCGAAGUUUUUCUAUGGGAAUUCGCAACCUUUUAAAAUACGCUUCUUCAUUUCACGCUGUGAAUUUUGUUGUAUCUUAAGAAAGUAGUUUCAGUAACCUCUUUGAAGAGCCUCAUAAAGCGUAAUUAUAGCUGGGAAAUAGUCAGUGUAUUGAUGAAAGUAUGAGUAUUGAAAGGAAGAUUGAAAACGAUUUGGAGCAGUCUGCAUGCAGAUUGAGAAAUGUGGAAGAAUCUGUUGGUUCACAUUAUGCACUCAAAGUUGCACUUCAGACUAUGAAGGAAAGGUGUCAACGUUUACAGCAAAGGCUAGGGGUUGUUGAGGAAGAAAAUCAUAGCUUACGUAUUGAAAACAGGAAGCGAAAGUCAGAUUCAUCAUGUGCCAUUGGAGCAGAUGAGUUAAAUAAUGGGCCUGGAGACUUGGAACACAGAAUUGACUGUCUGGAAGAGAAAGUGGCAACAUUGACCCGCCAGAAAUCCCAGCUCACCCAUCACUUGUUCAUGGUAGCUACUGAAAAUAGGCAACUGUGGAACAGACUUUCUCAUCUCACCCAAGCAAAUGAGAACCUUGGUAGCCACUUGUCUAAAAUAUCCAGCACUUUGAGUCGACAUCAUUCAGCCAGUAGCAUUACAGUGCCAAAGUCACUAUCACCUACAAGUAGUUUGUUGCAUAGCAGUGAACUGAACGUGUCAUCGGACACUGUACUGACCAAGGAAAACAGUAAUGUAGCAACAAAAGCCACAGACACAGUUUGUGAGGGUGUUAAGAAACACAACAGCUCACCUGCAAAGUCAUCAGGAGAUGUUGCCGAGGAGAGCCUGGAGGAGAUUUCACUGAAACUCAUUAAGAGCUUUUUGCAAGAGAAAACAGAGCUUGAAGAACAGUAUGCACAGAUGGUGGAAAUCCAGAGUGAUCCCUCUUCAUACAGCAUUCAGAACCUAGGGUUUGGGUACCCGGAGAGCGGUAACAAAACGAUUGAUGACAUGAAAGAACACCACAAGAAAUUGAUGGAGGUACGGGACAUGCUGAAAGAGCAACAGACUGUGAUAAAAGCUGCAAUUGCAAAUGUAGAGAGAGUUAAAAAAGGUGGUGCACUGUGUAGCCACUGUCAGAAGAAGUCACAGGCUAAACUGACUUCGGUCAUCAUCGACACAGACAUUGAGAGGCUACAGAAAUGGGGGGUUCCUGAUGGCACAUCCUACAGUGAAGGUAUCCAAAGGCAGCUGAACCAAGUGGCUGAGCCACCAACAUCCAUUUACAGCACAGACACAUCCACACUGUACAAGGAGUCCAUCUGUCCAUUGUGUGGCAGACUGUACAGCAAGGGAUCUUCCUUCAUAAUAUUUCAGCAGCAUGUCACAGACCACUUUACUGAAGAAGAGGAGUCAGACUCCAUAUUAAACAAUUUUGAACUUAUAGCUUAACGUUUACCAUGAAAGGCACAGCAAGGACAAUACAAUUGAGUUCUCAAGACACUGACAGUCCAUAACAUUCUCCCACAAGUGGCUCAUACUUCUUCACCACUACAGUUUCUGCAGCCAAAUUAGCUACAAAACUACUGCUUAUAUGCAAAGUGAAUAGAGACCGUGCAAAUGAGUGAGAAUAGUAGUCAACCGACUGUGGGCUGGUGGCCAGGAUUGAAAUCCCAUUAUGAGGUUGGGAUCUUUUUUCUCAUCACUUAUAUUCACAAUGACUGUGAUUAGUGAGGUUCUUUCCCAGAUCCUGAAGCUAAUCACUCCCUUCCAUCUAGUGACAAUGUGCCUUUAUGAUGCAGUACAUAGUCACAGGGACAUUUAAACUUUUGCCUUUGGCAUAAGCAAAAUGAUUGGCUUUGGUAUGUUACACUUUUGAGUGGCAUUUAGUUCAGAGAAUUGCUGAUACAAUAAAGUGCAAUUUCAUUGAAAGAAAAUGCUGUUUGGCGCUGCUGUAUGUAAAAUUCAGGUUCUGGAAUAAAAUAAAACUGACAUUAA